AUGGCGACUAUGGGGAGCCUGAUCGGGCUGGUGAACCGGAUCCAGCGCGCGUGCACCGUCCUCGGCGACCACGGCGGCGGCGGCGGCGAGGGCUCCCUCUGGGAGGCGCUCCCCUCCGUCGCUGUCGUUGGCGGGCAGAGUUCCGGGAAGUCGUCGGUGCUCGAGAGCAUAGUGGGGAGGGACUUCCUGCCCCGUGGAUCUGGUAUUGUCACGAGGCGGCCUCUAGUGCUGCAGCUCCACAAAACAGAUGGUGGGCACGAGUAUGCUGAGUUCCUCCACGCCCCGCGGAAGCGGAUCACCGACUUUGCUGCUGUGAGGAAAGAGAUUGCCGAUGAAACAGAUCGCAUAACUGGGAAAACUAAAGCUAUUUCAAAUGUUCCCAUCCAUUUGAGUAUAUAUUCGCCACAUGUUGUUAACUUGACACUUAUUGACCUUCCUGGACUGACAAAGGUCGCUGUAGAGGGGCAACCAGAAUCUAUUGUUCAAGAUAUUGAAAACAUGGUUCGAUCUUACGUUGACAAGCCAAAUUGCAUCAUCUUGGCUAUCUCCCCAGCUAACCAAGAUAUAGCAACGUCAGACGCUAUCAAGCUUGCUAGGGAUGUUGAUCCUUCAGGUGACAGGACUUUUGGAGUCUUAACAAAGCUUGAUUUGAUGGACAAGGGUACCAAUGCCGUUGAUGUACUUGAAGGGAGGCAAUAUCGCUUACAACACCCCUGGGUUGGAAUUGUCAAUCGCUCACAAGCUGAUAUCAACAAGAAUGUUGAUAUGCUCUCAGCAAGACGCAAAGAGAAAGAGUACUUUGAGAGUAGUCCGGAAUAUGGUCACUUGGCACAUAAAAUGGGUGCAGAGUAUCUUGCCAAGCUUCUGUCACAGCAUUUAGAGGCUGUUAUCAGGGCCAAAAUUCCAAGUAUUAUAGCCAUGAUUAACAAAACAAUUGAUGAAAUAGAAGCCGAGUUGGAUCGACUUGGUAGGCCAAUCGGAGGUGAUGCUGGGGCUCAGUUGUACACAAUCUUGGAUAUGUGUCGUGCAUUUGACCGUGUCUUUAAAGAGCACUUAGAUGGCGGGCGGCCAGGUGGAGAUCGAAUUUAUGGCGUCUUUGACAACCAGUUACCUGCAGCACUGAAAAAGCUUCCAUUUGACCGACAUCUUUCAAUGCAAAAUGUUCGUAAAGUUAUUUCAGAGGCUGAUGGUUACCAGCCCCACUUGAUUGCCCCUGAGCAAGGAUACAGAAGGCUUAUAGAUAGUUCUCUAAGCUACUUUAAGGGUCCAGCUGAAGCGUCUGUUGAUGCGGUCCAUUUGGUCUUAAAGGAGCUUGUUCGGAGAUCGAUUGCAGCAACAGAGGAAUUGAAGCGAUUCCCAACACUUCAAUCAGAUAUAGCUGCUGCUGCAAACGAUAGCCUGGAAAGAUUCCGUGAGGACGGACGAAAGACUGUUCUUCGUCUAGUGGAGAUGGAAGCCAGCUACCUAACAGUAGAGUUUUUCCGUAAACUUCCUACUGAACCAGAGAAAGCAGCUGAUAAGAACACUCCAGUGAGUGAUAGAUAUCAGGACAAUCAUCUCAGAAGAAUUGGAUCGAAUGUGUCAUCUUAUAUUAACAUGGUCUGUGAGACUCUGAGGAACACAAUUCCGAAAGCCAUUGUACAUUGUCAAGUGAAAGAGGCAAAAAGAAAUUUGCUUAACCGUUUCUAUGCUCAUGUGGGAAGCAAGGAGAAGAAACAGCUGAGCGCGAUGUUGGAUGAGGACCCUGCUUUGAUGGAGAAGAGGGAUGCCUUGGUCAAGAGGCUAGAGCUGUACAAAUCUGCAAGGAAUGAGAUCGACUCAGUCGCAUGGAAAUGA